AUGCACACCAUUUUGGCUGUUCUGGUUCUUACUGUGGCCACAUCUUCUGGAUUACACUUUGGAUUCCCAACUCCAAUUUCUCCUGGAAUCCGGACAGGAGUUUCACCUCCGUUCUCUUCUUGUCGAGUUGCCACUUCUGGAAGGGAUGCUGUCCAAAUUUUAUCCGAAAAUAACCAUUUUUCGGUUCUCCAAAACAUCGAAAAUUCCAAAAUCGAAGAGAAGAGAGAAGAAGCGAAGCUCCGUCGAUCCCUGGAAGAAACUGUGGAGUUUUAUGACAACAACCGUAUUGAGGAGUGUCUUAUGGAGUAUUUUGAAGAAAGAGAAAAUUGGAAUCAGGUUCCGGAUGAAAAUCAAAACUAUCUAGCCCCAAUUAUGACACUGGAGCAUGUUCGCAUGGUCUAA